UUCCUGUGUGCUGGCAGUUGGAAGCGACGAGGCGGGGAAGAUAUGGAAGUGAAGGAUGCCAGUUCUGCGCUGCUGAGCAACUAUGAGGUGUACCAGUUACUGACUGAUCUGAAAGAGCAGCGGAGAGAAAGUGGGAAGAAUAAGCACAGUUCUGGGCAGCAGAACCUGAACACCAUCACCUAUGAAACAUUAAAAUACAUAUCAAAAACGCCAUGCAGGCAUCAGAGUCCUGACAUUGUCAGAGAAUUUCUUACAGCAAUGAAAAGCCACAAGUUGACCAAAGCUGAGAAGCUUCAGCUGCUGAAUCACAGGCCCAUGACUGCUGUUGAGAUCCAGCUGAUAGUGGAGGAGAGUGAGGAGCGGCUCACGGAGGAGCAGAUCGAGGCUCUGCUCCACACUGUCACCAGCAUCCUGCCGGCAGAGCCCGAGGCUGAGCCACAGAGGAGCGCGGAGGACGCGGCCAUGGACGGAGAGGACCCGGCCUAG